GAACCCACGAAUUCUUUUUUUCCCUUUUCUUUUUCUCUCCUAAUUCGCCUACUUAACCGAGAACCUUCUAGAACCAACAAAACCUAUCAUCCUCUCCUUCCACCAGGAUUGCGAUUAUCGUUUGCUUUUUCCGGUGGUGCUGCUGCGUUCUUGCUUCGACGGUGCAUGAUCUAGCUUCGCGGCUUUCGCGUUCGUCGGGACGAUAUAGCUGAAUAAUUCCCGGCCGGUAUCAGAACGUUAUGAGCUUUGAAUUGAAUUGAGUCCGAAACUCCAAAUCAGCUCUUAUAUACACACGUGAAGAACCUGACGCGAAAGUUCCAGUUUCUAUCGGGUUCGGAUCUGAACCCGAAACUCAUGGCACCGUCGCCGGUCGAACAGACCGGUGAAUCUACUGCCGCAGGUGGAGGAGACUCGCAAAGAUAUCUCCCUACGCCGUUCCUCACCAAAACCUAUCAACUUGUCGAUGAUCCAUCUGUGGACGACAUGAUUUCGUGGAACGAAGACGGAUCAACCUUCAUAGUGUGGCGUCCUGCUGAAUUCGCCAGAGAUUUGUUACCGAAAUACUUCAAACACAACAACUUCUCUAGCUUUGUUCGCCAACUCAAUACCUACGGAUUUCGAAAGGUAGUGCCGGAUCGAUGGGAAUUUGCCAACGAGUGUUUUAAGAGAGGAGAGAAGGGGCUCCUCCGUGACAUUCAACGCCGGAAAAUCUCCCCGGCGACAACCUCACAGUCUCCUUGUCCGGCGACAACGGUGACGGUGGCCGCCGUACCGGCGUUGGCUCGAGCAAUUUCUCCGUCAAAUUCUGCAGAGGAACAGGUUUUAUCCUCGAACUCGUCGCCUGCGAUGACUGCUGCUGGUGGUGCUGUACGACUAACAAGCUGCUCCACCACGCCAGAGCUUAUAGAAGAGAACGAGCGGUUAAGAAAGGAGAACGUGCAUCUGAAUAACGAGUUGCAUCAGCUGAGAAGUUUGUGCGAUAACAUAUUUUCCUUGAUGACGAAUUACGCAUCUGGCAAUGCUAACAGUAACAGUUACAGUAACAUUCUGCCGGAUGGGAGACCUCUGGAUUUGUUAGCUGCGGUCCAACAAUUGGCUUCUCCAACGGAGGACACACCGAUAUCUAAAACGAAAGCCGCGGCACUGGUGGCGGAGGAGGAUCUGAGCCCGAGGCUGUUCGGUGUAUCGAUUGGGUUCAAGCGUUUGAGGACAGAGGAGGAGGGGGGCCAGAAGACGCCACAAGUGAAUGACAUUGAGCCUGGAUCUGACGUGAAAUCAGAGCCGUCCGAUGGAAAAUUGAUCAAGACGGGGACCGGCUCUGUUUUGAGCUCAGGAAAGGCAAAUGAUUUACGUCUUUUUCAUUUGAAUGAGAGAGAUUAUUUACAAUGACAUAGUGGAUAAGGAACGGGGGUGAUGAGCAAUAGGAUGGAAGACACGUGCCUAUUACGCUUUUAAGUAGUACUACUUAAAACCGAAACGAUAUCAGUUGUUGCUACGAGGUUAUCGACCUUUUACUUACCCACGAAUGGCAAAACAGUGAAAAAGAAGUAGGAGCCUUUUAAUUUUAAAGUCAAAACCGAAGGCUACACGUGGGUCGGUGGAAGACAUGAGAAGAGUGGAGUGUAUAUUUGUUACCUGGUCGUUGAGAAUGUAAUAUUUUAAUAUGUAAGUAGUGUAAUGUCCUCGAAUGGGGACGAUCUUAGUUGGAUAGAAUGUUCUUGAAAGUUGUAGAGUAGCCGUGUAGGUGUCUUACGUUACAGAUUGGGUGAUACGUUAAGUUGUUUUGUAUGAUAUUAUUUAAGCAAACCAUUUGCAGACCAGAAAUAAAUAACUAGAUGCUUUGUUCUA